AUGGCCGCUGAAGCGAUACCCAACGAGCAUGCUUCCGCAGCUGCCUCGGCCUUGACAGAAUACUUCCAAGCCGCCGUCGUACUGGCUCAAGACAACUUUAGAAAGAUCCCAGGUAGCGCCAUCAUCGCGCGAUACGUCGCCAGCAGCUACCAGAACGACCCCAUUCGAUCCCUGCUCGAACUCUUCCUCGUUCUCUUCGCAUUGAGAACAGUCUUGCAGAGCAGGACACGCGGUGGUGCCAGCGGCAAGAACUUUGUCAACCUCUCCGGCAGGGAGAUCGAUGACCUCGUCGGCGAGUUCAAGCCUGAACCCCUCUGCGCUCCCCUCACACCCGCCGAGUCGCGAGAGCUCGCAUCCAUUCCCACCAUCGUCGGAGGUGCCAGCAGUCGGCCCAAGAUCAGCCUCGCCUCUCACAAUGCCGGCAAGCCCACGCAGGUCAUGAACCUCGCCAGCUACAACUUCACCAAUCUCGCCGGCCACGAAGCUGUCAAGGAGAAGGCCAUCGAGACCCUGAGAAACUAUGGUGUCGGAAGUUGCUCCCCUCCCGGCUUCUAUGGUACCAUCGAUGUGCAUAUGCAGCUCGAAUCCGACAUUGCGCGCUUCCUCGGCACCCAGAACUGCAUCAUCUACAGUCAAGGUUUCAGCACCGUUUCGUCCGUCAUCCCUGCCUUUUCGAAACGUGGUGAUAUCAUUGUCGCUGACCGCGGCGUCAACUAUGCCAUUCAGAAGGGCAUCCAAAUUUCACGCUCGACCGUCUACUGGUACGACCACAACGACAUGAACUCGCUCGAGGCCGUCCUGGAGCAGGUCAAGCGGGAUACGAAACGCCGACGUGGUCCUCUCACGCGUCGUUUCAUCGUCACCGAAGGUGUUUUUGAAGCGGACGGCGCCCUGGCGGAUCUGCCAAAGAUCCAGGAACUCAAGAAAAGAUACAAAUUCCGACUCAUCCUCGAUGAAAGUGUCAGCUUCGGAACCGUCGGUGCUACUGGUCGUGGUCUCACCGAGCUCUACAACAUCCCUGCCUCCGAGGUCGAGAUUCUUGUCGGAUCGAUGGCCAACACGCUCGGUGCAGCAGGAGGUUUCUGCGCCGGAUCCGACGAGGUCGUCUUCCACCAGCGCAUUAACGGCACCUCCUUCGUCUUCUCCGCCGCGUUGCCCGCUCUGCUCGCCGUCGCCGCCAGUACGGCUAUCUCGUACAUGGUUUCUCAACCUUCCAUCCUGACCACGCUCCAAGACAACGUCAAGUCCCUCCGCUCCAUUCUCGAUCACGUCGAAUCGUUGCGCAUCUCGUCCGACCCACGCAGUCCGCUGGUGCACAUCCAGGUCCGAAGCAAAACAGACCGUCACCCCGAUACGCCCGCCGACAAGUUCGACAAGGGCAAGAACAGCCUCGCUGUCGGCGACGUCAGCCUCACGCUCUCCAACAGCAACGACGAGAAGCGCAUCGCCGCCGCCGGUCCCUCGGAUCACGACUUGUCGGUGGACGAACAGAUGCGCCUCCUUCAGGCUAUCGUGGAUGACGCGUUGGAGCACGGGAUCUUUAUCACCAGGAUGAAGAGGUUGCCCAGCAUCAACGCUAAGGCGUUAGAGGUGGGCCCCGAGUCCAGGCCGAACAUUAGGCUGGCGGUGAGUACGGCUUUUACCAAGAAGGAGAUGGAGAAGGCCGGUAAUGUCAUCAAGGCUAGUGCGAUCAAGGUGCUUGGGAAAAGACGAUAG